UAUUUAUUAAUUAGCCGCAUAGCUUCUGCGGAACACAAAACACGCGACGUGGGUCCAAGUUCCUGCCGGACUGAAUUAUGUGAGCGCACUUCCGGUCCAGGAAUGCUGGGAGGAAGGACGAUGUAUACUAAGCGCUGAUUACUCAUUGGAAGAAUGGAUGAAGAUGGCCCGCAGGAAGUGGCGUCAGAGCUAGAGGGGAGGCAGUUAGGAGGCUGGGGGCUUCUACAGAUUGCAGGAUGCAUCGGACUUACUGUCUAUUCAGUUUGGGCGUUUGUAUUAAUGCCUGGCUUCAGGAAGGUGCCAUUAAAGUUACAGGUGCCUUAUAUGCCAGCCAGUGCCAAGCAAGUGAACAAUGUAAUGACGCUGCUGAAAGGACGCUCAGGAAAGAUGGUGGAUCUGGGCUCUGGUGAUGGCAGAAUAGUCCUGGCGGCCGCCCAGCGAGGGUUCUGUCCUGCAGUGGGGUACGAACUGCACCCAUGGCUAGUGCGUCUGUCUUACUUCUAUGCCUGGAGGUCCGGCUACCACCGCCGGGUGUCUUAUCUGCGAGAGGAUCUGUGGAAGGUGAAACUACAAGACUGCGGGAACAUAUCUAUAUUCCUGGCCCCAAGUGUGCUGGCGUUGCUGGAGACGAAGAUGCUGGCGGAGCUUCCAGAUGAUGCCCGCGUGGUGGCUGGCCGCUUUCCUCUACCUACAUGGGUACCCAGCGACAUCAUUGGAGAGGGCACAGACAGGGCCUGGGCUUAUGAUCUUAGGGAUAUACGGCAUGCUGUACAGACCAAAAAGGUUGGGACUGAGGUGUGACUACCUUUCAUGCUUGUUAAUACUACCUCCAUGUGUCAGGAGAAAGGUGCUUGAUAGCAUUCCCAAAUGCUGGAAGAAGCUAGACGUUUGGGUGACUUCUGAUUCAGAUUAUCGGUGAAUGUGCUUUUAUCCUUUAUUUAUAUCACUGUGUGAGGAGGUUUCAUCGGUGGAUGACGAGUCCUUCUGAGCUGAGGUUUGGUUCAGCAGACUUACUGAUGUGACAACAUGAUUUUGGAGACAUUUCUGAGCUGUCCUAUCAGAUUCUGUCAUUAUUCUAGUACAGUGGGAGAAUGAACCGAAACAUCUGAUUGGCUGCUGUGCACAGCACCACCUUCCCCACACAGUUCCCUUAGAACAGCUUUCACAAAUGUCUCCUUCAUGGUGCAAAGACUGAUGAUAUGCUGUAAUCCAUAGCAACACAUCAAAUAUCAGCUUUUAGCAGCCUAGUGAUUUGGCCUAAUGGAACUAGUUGUGAUGGGUUAUGGCACAUGUCCUUCUUCUACAAGCAGCGAUGUCACUGGUUUAUAGAUAAUUGCUAGGCUUCGGUUCUCCCACAAAAUGGCUGCCUCAGCUGUAUGUCAGCAGCGGGAGUACUUUCCGUCAUUGGAUAAGCCCAAACACAACACCUAUAAAUACAUAUAUAUUUAUCCAAUGUAAAAUGUCUUCAUUUCCUUUUUAAAUUAAUAAUAUUAAUAAUAAUAUAUAUUCAUGGAUGAUUUUAUCAUUUUAAGUUCUUUUGUAAAGUACCUAUUUCAACAAAAAAAGGAAACUUAUUUUUAUGUCAUUAAUAAAUCUGAA